UCAAGCUGUUUUAUUUCCUUACUUCAAAAGCUCUAAAAUGGCUAGUUAUUACAUUGUCUCCUUACAGGGCUAUACAGCAUUACAUUUAGCUGCUAUGCAUGGUCACGAGAACAUUAUUGAACUUCUAGUACAAACUUACAAAGCUGAUUCCAACAUCAGAGAUUACAGUGGGAAGAAAGCUAAGCAGUACCUUAGAAAUUCAGCCUCUACGAAAGCCCAACAACUAUUGUUAACAAGAAGGCUUGGCACCUCAUCUGCUGCAGUGUCAGGUAGAUCUCUUGAUGAUUCCUUUACACGAACAGCAUCAUUUAGGAAAAGUAACCGAGCCAGGGCACUAAGUAGUCUGAUCUUGUCUAAAUCAUCAAAUAUGAAGAAUGCCAUGUUUAGGUCUACAUGGGCUGGGUCUGCAGACAACAUAGAGGACUAUAGGUCUAGAAGUCCAAGUAGAACACCACCUAAUAGCUCACCUAGCCUUAGCAGAAGACAGUCAAAGGCAAAUAAAAAAGGUGGAUCAAAAAAUGUUGAAAAAGAGUAUGCAGACAAAGAAAGAAUGCCUCCACCAUCAGGUUUAUUCAGAAAGAGUAGGAAAGGGAGCGCUGUCCAUUCUAGUAAAGAUAGUAUCCAUAGUGAAGAUGGGGUUUUCUCAAGUAACACUGUAACACGGUCUGAAUCUGAACCAAGUUUACAGACCCCUAGGAGCAGUAAUCAUACCUAUGUGUAAUAUUCGGGAAACAUCUGAACAUUUAUACUACAUAAUCAUACUGAUAGAAUACCCCAGACUUUCUCCUGCCAUGAUAUUUUCGUAACAUUGUAUAACUAUCUGUUUUACAUUUUUCACUGUGUAACUUCAACUUAAUUUUACAUCAUCAUUUUAUAGUCAAGCCAAGCAAUUUGUAAUAUUCAGAGAAACCUAUAAUGAAAAGAAAGUUUUUUAACAUAUGUUUCAAAUCUGUGAGAUAACAUAUUAUACAUUAAUUCAAAAUGUUUAGUUUACAUGUAGUUGUUAUAUUCUUUAUUUGAUAUUAAAUAUGUUUAAUGAUA